AUGGAAGAAGAAAAUGCGGUGCGUGAUUGUAGCGAGCUUUCAGACCUGGAGAGUACAGCAGAAAGCGAACCUGAUCUCUUUACUACAUUUUCUGUGAAAACACUUUUUGGAUUUACAACUAGAUUUGAAUCUACAGCUUCCAAAGAAGAAGCAGUGCUUAAAGCAUUUCAACCUUUGCACACCAAUAUAAAUACUCCCGCGAACACCUGGCACGAGAGGAAUGAUAAUGAUUGUAAUGACGACUCAGAAAAUCAGCAUGGUAUGAAUAGUACCAGUGGCCAAGCUGACCCAAUGUCUGGCAGGCAAACUGACCUGGAGCUGGAGUUAGCUGAACAAAAUGAAUUACUUCUUCACCAUUUGAGGAUUGUACAGGCUUCUUUGUCCGAAUCUGACAAUGAUGACAAGGAUGCUAUUCUCGUACAAGGUACUUUGGUUCAUACAACAAGUGAUACAGAAUCGGACACAGACAGUAAGGACCUAGACACCGAUGAAAACAAUACAAGCGAAUUCGGACUAAAUAAUGCUGCUUUGUCUGCUGAGGCGUUGGAUGAUAACAAUCAAAAUAAGGAAGAGUCAGAAUCAGAAGGGCACAGCAACAGCGAUGACACUGUGGAUACAGAUGGCAUUGAGUUACACCCUCCAAUUUCUGAGCGGCUCCCAAAAGAGCUGGAUGAUAUUUUGGAGCAUGACUCCAAUGGAAAAGACAAAAUGUUAAUGGAUGAGCAGUUCAGUUGCUUGCUUGCUACAGGGGAAUGCCCUCAAGAACUUCCAGAUGAAGAACAAAGACCUUCAGCUAAUAAUACAUCCCUCCAAAAAACAGCACUGGCUGAAAAGACUUUCCAGCUGCCAGCUUUCUUUAGUGGACUACGUGUGAGGAAAAAGGGACUAACCACAGAGGAUGGGGAAACUGUUACAGAAAUUAAACCAAGGGAGAAUGAUUUAGCUCUGCUUAAAUUACGACAGCCUGUUAAGAAAUCCAGUAUUACAUCAGGUUUGACCACUAAAAAAAAAUCAGCUGAACCUAAAGCAAGUCCUACUUUCUUGGAACAACUCUCGCACUUGUUAAACAUAGACGUCUCCAAGAAUGAAGACAGAACCAAGGACUCUGGUGAAGGAUCUGGGGAGAGCGAGGACAGUGAUGAAGCUCAAGAGAACAAAGCCUCCGGCAAAACAGAACCACGAUUUCCCUCUGAGGAAAUGAAAUCAAGCCCUGCUGAAUCUGCACUGGAUGUCUUUAAAGCUUUAUUUGCACGGCCUCCCAAAAAAGAAACAACUGCAGAUACUUCAGAGCUUGAAGCCAUAAAACGCAAAAUGAGAAAUGAAAAAGAGUCCUUGAAAGCUGUAUUUGAAAGGUCAAAAUCAAAACCUGGGGAUGGACCAUCAGACAAAUCUCCUGACCUGAGUCCCUCGGAGCAAGAUGACAAGACUCCAGGGAGACUCCAGACUGUCUGGCCACCACCAAAAGCAAAGCACGAAGAAGUAAAAGUAGGAUUAAAGUACACAGAAGCAGAGUACCAAGCUGCCAUUUUGCAUUUAAAGAGGGAACACAAAGAAGAAAUCGAAACAUUAAAGUCUCAGUUUGAACUCAGGGUAUUCCACAUUCGUGGAGAACACGCCGUAUCAACUGCUCAGCUUGAGGAAACCAUUGCACAUCUGAAGAAUGAACUCGAUAAUAAAUUAAACAGAAGAAAUGAAAAAGCAAAGGAUAUUGGUGUUUCUACAGAAGAUGAUAACCCACCAAAGACAUACCGAAAUGUAUGUAUACAGACUGACAGAGAAACUUUCAUAAAGCCUAGUGAAGAAGAAAACAGAGCUGUGAAAAAUAACCAAAUAGUACCCAAAAAGCUUAAUAUUUCUUCUUUGUCACAUAGUAUUUCUGCCCAAAGUGAAAAUAAGGAAAAUUACAAUGUACAGUCUUCAGAAAGUGUCUUAUCGUGUCAACCAAAACAAAUGCUGCCUCCUCCACCACCACCACCACCGCCACCACCACCACCUCCUCCUCCCCUUCCUGAUUCUUCACUACCAGGUUUAGUUCCUCCACCACCACCUUUGCCAAUGGAUCCGACUUCACUAACAUCUCAGUUUGGAUCUGGUCCACCACUGCCACCUCCACUUUCUGAAGGCUGUAGGAAUUUUCAAGCACCGCCACCACCACCACCACCGCUUCCAGGGCUGGGACCUCCUGUUCCUCCUCCACUGCCUGGAUCUGGGUUACCUCCACCCCCUCCACCUCCUGGGUCUGGGUUCUUUUUUAAUAGCACUUUAUCUUCCAACCAAGGCCCUCGAAAACCUGCCAUUGAACCUAGCCGUCCCAUGAAGCCUUUGUAUUGGACACGGAUACAAUUACAAGGCAGCAGGAAAACUGCUAUGCCAACAUUAUGGGAAUCACUAGAAGAACCUGAUAUACUUGAUACCACAGAGUUUGAAUAUUUAUUCUCCAAAGACAGCACUCAGGAAAAAAGAAAACCAUUAUCAGAGACUUACGAAAAAAAAACCAAGGCCAAAAAGAUUAUCAAAUUGUUGGAUGGAAAGCGGUCUCAAACUGUAGGAAUUUUAAUAUCCAGUUUGCACCUGGAGAUGAAGGAUAUUCAACAAGCUAUACUGUGUGUUGAUGACUCCGUAGUAGAUCUGGAAACACUGGAAGCACUAUAUGAAAAUAGAGCACAAAAGGAUGAACUGGAGAAAAUCAAGCAAUAUUAUCAGACUUCAAAGGAGGAGGAACUGAAGCUUCUGGAUAAACCAGAACAAUUUUUAUAUGAGUUAUCCCAGAUCCCCAACUUCACAGAACGAGCUCAGUGUAUUAUCUUCCAGUCAGUUUUCUCUGAAGGGAUAACAUCAGUGCACCGGAAAGUUGAUAUCAUAACUCGUGUUUCCAAGGCUUUGCUGAACAUGACAAGUGUCAAGGAAAUUUUAGGUUUGAUUCUGGCUUUUGGAAAUUAUAUGAAUGGUGGGAAUAGGACCCGAGGUCAAGCUGAUGGAUUUGGUUUGGAAAUACUCCCCAAACUCAAGGAUGUCAAAAGCAGAGAUAAUGGUAUUAAUCUUGUGGAUUAUGUCGUCAUAUAUUACCUACGCCAUUGUGAUAAGGAAGCAGGAACAGACAAGAGUAUUUUUCCUUUACCAGAACCACAGGAUUUUUUCCAGGCCUCCCAAGUUAAGUUUGAAGACCUAAUAAAAGACUUAAGGAAACUGAAGAGAGAUCUAGAAGCCUCUGAAAAACAGAUGAAGUUGGUUUGCAGAGAGUCUUCUGAAGAGCAUCUCCAGCCCUUCAAGGAGAAAUUAGAGGAAUUCUUCCAGAAAGCUAAAGAAGAACGUAAAAGAGAAGAGAGCAGUUUGGAAAAUGCACAAAAAUGCUUUGAAGAAACAGUGGGAUACUUUGGGAUAAAGCCAAAGCCUGGCGAGAAGGAGAUCACGCCAAACUACGUUUUCACGGUGUGGUACGAAUUCUGCAGUGACUUCAAGACCAUUUGGAAACGAGAGAGCAAAAGCAUUUCCAAGGAACGAAUUAAAGUGGCUCAGCAAUCAGUAAGCAAGUUAACUGCAGAGAAGAAAGUUGAAACGAAGAAAAUCAAUCCUACAGCUAGCCUGAAAGAAAGACUACGUCAAAAGGAAGCCAGUGUGACUGCCAACUGA